CAACAGACCUUCUACCUAUGAAAUAUCAGUGAUUGGGUCCGUAAUGCCUCCACGACUCCAACUGGGAGCGCAUCGAGGCCUCUCAUCCACAACAUACAUCAUACGCUUACCAGUGCGGCGGCCCCAGCGGAGGUUUGCAUCGAGCUCCACCGACACCCCCGAGAUAUACGAUGUGGUAUGUGUUGGAGGAGGACCGGCAGGCCUCAGCCUUUUGGCUGGAUUGAAAGCCUCUGCGAUCACGAGUGGGCUCAAAGUCGCGCUUAUAGAGGGUCAGGACUUGCAAAAAAGUCGGCUACGGAAAGAUGCGAGCCUGGACAGCUUCUCGAACAGAUGCAGCUCACUCACACCUGCCUCAGUGAAGAAUCUCCAAGAAAUUGGAGCAUGGCGUCAUGUGCACGCUUCACGCGUUCAACCCUAUCACGAGAUGCAAGUGUGGGAUGGCGUUUCCGAUGCGCGCAUUUCCUUCGACUGGGAAAGCGCACGUACUCCUUUCACUCCACGCAAACCAAGUCAGCCCACCACAAUAGCGUACAUGAUCGAGAACCUGAACACAACAACCGCUCUGUUGUCGCGGCUCGAAGAACUUGGCGGGGUUGAUAUAUAUUCUGCGACCAAAGUCGAGUCGAUAGAGCUGGGUACGGAUACACAACAGCUGGAUAUGACAUCAUGGCCCGUUGUGAGCCUUUCGAACGGCAAGAGCCUCGCCGCAAGACUUUUGGUGGGAGCGGACGGUGCCAACAGCCCUGUCCGAACCUUCGCUGGCAUUCCCUCGCGUGGUUUUGAUUACAAUCGUCAUGGUGUGGUAGCUAGCCUUCAGCUCUCUGGGCCAGGUUGGGGUGGCUUAGAUCACAAGAUUGCAUAUCAACGCUUCCUUCCCACGGGGCCCAUCGCUAUGCUGCCCCUACCUGGCAAUAUGGCGACCUUGGUCUGGAGCACAACACCCGAGCGCGCCGCCAUAUUGAAAUCUCUAUCCUCAGAUGACUUCAUCGCAAUGGUAAAUGCAGCGUUUAGACUGUCACCAACCGAUCUGGAAUAUCUACACACCCUCUCUUCUGGACAAAAGGACGAGGUUGCAUGGCGAGAAAGGCAUACUCCUGCUCAGGAACGUGCAAUUCCGCAGCGCGUCUCCUUUGUUCAACCCGGGACUGUAGCCUCCUUCCCCCUCCGAAUGCGGCACGCAGAUACCUACACUGGUGAACGAGUAGCGCUAGUUGGCGAUGCUGCUCACACCAUACAUCCUUUGGCGGGCCAGGGUCUCAAUCAAGGUCAAGGUGAUGCCGCUGCGCUCUUCCGUACCAUUUCACAUGCGGUCUCGACAGGUCAAGAUAUUGGAAGUACGCUGGCGUUGGAAAGUUACACCGCAGAUCGAUAUGCGGAGAACAAUGCUAUGCUUGGGGUGUGCGACAAAUUGCACCGCUUGUACAGUGUUGGGUCCGGUCCCCUUGUAGGUCUUCGAAGCUUGGGGUUCAGAGCAGUAGAUGCUAUAGGGCCAUUAAAAGGAUUCUUCAUGGGUAGAGCCGCAGGAGGUUCAUAA